AUGGCAAAAACGGAAACAAGUGCACAAUAUUUUGAAAACCAGAUGGGUCCUCAAUCAAAGCCUUUGGCUCAAAAGCCUGAUAGCAAGGCAGCAGUGUUUGGCGGAAAAUGCAACUGCACUGCCAUUUUUACCGAACACGUCGCCACACAUAUUCCAACCCCAAGCCUGGAGAACCAAGAGACUGUGUUCGUCACACCUCUAGCCCUUGACCAACCUGGAUGA